GUGAAUGCUGCAGUGUUUCUGAAAACUUAAGUUUCCUCACCAGUUAUCACGAUCUCUCAGUCCCUGGCAGCCUUCCGUCUGACAUCUGUCUCUCUCCUGCCCCCCAAGACGGAAACAUGAGCUUUGCCGAUGUCCUGGAGACGGUCGGGAGUGUGGGAAAAUUCCAAGUCAUCCACAUUUUGCUGCUGGCCAUUCCCGUUCUCUUCAUGGCGAGCCACAACCUUCUCCAGAACUUUGUAGCCAUAGUGCCUGACCAUCACUGUCUGGUCCAGUUUACCGGUUUGAACGGGUCUGGUCAAGCCAACGCCAUGGGUGACCUUCAGACGGAGGGCCUUCUCCGCGCUUUCAUCCCCCAGGACCCGGACGGGCAGCCGGAGAAGUGCCUGGUGUACUCCUCGCCUCAGUGGCACCUCCUGAACCACACCGAGAGCUGGGAGAACGCCACGGAGACCAGCACGCGCCUCUGCACAGAGGGUUGGACGUACAACCUCUCCAAAUUUAAAGCCACCAUUGUUUCCGAGUGGGACCUCGUGUGCAGUCGUAAGCCUCUGAGACAAAUGGCACAGUCUGUCUACAUGGGUGGAGUGUUGACAGGGUCGAUCGUACUGGGAUGGCUUUCUGACAGGUUUGGGAGACGGACGCUCCUGCUGUGGUCACACUUCCAGAUGGCGGUGUCUGGAACUUGUGCUGCUUUCUCGUCCUCCUAUCCCUUGUUCUGCUUCUGGAGGUUCCUCUGUGGGAUGGCACUGUCAGGGAUCAUACUCAACAUUUUCUGCCUGAGCCUCGAAUGGAUCCCGACGAAAGUGCGGACCGCAGUUUCCACUUACUUCAAUUAUUCGUACACAUUCGGCCAGCUGAUCCUGGCUGGCAUGGCAUUCACAAUCCAAGAUUGGCGCUGGCUGCAGUUCACCGUGGCCGCUCCAUUUUGUAUCUUCUUCCUGUCCGCAUGGUGGUUCCCGGAGUCAGCGCGCUGGCUCAUUCUGAACAACAAGGCCCACGUGGCCCUGAAACAUCUCAAGCGGGUGGCAAAGCUGAACAACAAGGACGAAGAGGGCGAAAAGCUCACCACAGCUAUCCUCAAGUCCAGUAUGGAGAAGGAACUGUUGAACAUGAAGGGAAAGUACAGUGUGCUUGAUCUGUUCAAAACACCAGUGAUGUGCAAGACUGCCUACUGUACAAUGCUUGUCUGGUUCUCAACCAGCUUUGCAUAUUAUGGGCUAGCGAUAGACCUGCAAGGAUUUGGAGUUGACAUUUACCUCAUCCAGGUCAUUUUCGGAGCGGUCGACAUUCCCGCAAAGCUUCUUGGCGUUGUGACGUUAACUUAUAUAGGCAGACGGUUCACGCAAGGCACUUCCCUUAUCCUUGCGGGCAGCAUCAUCAUCAUAAACAUCUUAAUUCCAAAAGACACGCUGGCCCUUCGUACAUCAUUCGCUGCUAUCGGAAAGGGAUGUCUCGCGACUGCAUUCAGCUGUUGUUAUCUCCACGCUGGAGAACUAUACCCAACCGUGGUCAGGCAGACGGGAAUGGGUCUUGUGACCACGAUGGCCCGCAUCGGAGCGAUGGUGGCGCCGGUUGUGAAAAUGACGGGCGAUUACGUUGCGUUUCUGCCCAUGGCAAUCUACGGCGGCAUGGCGAUAAUCUCCGGAAUUGCCAGCUUUCUUCUCCCAGAAACUCUCAACAUCCCGCUGCCGGACACGAUCGAGGAGGUGGAGAACAGAGCCAAGAGAAGGGUGGAGAAAGAUGCCGACCCAAAGAAAGAUGAGAUUCCUCUACAGGAGACGCUCACAUCGAAGGCGGAGGCAGACCAUUUACCCUAAGGCCGUGUGCUCUCGAUAACUCCGUAGCUCGCUGAAUGGUGACUGGCAUUCUUCAAUGCCCCUGAGGGAAAACAAAAUCAGUGCCAUUUGGAGACAAAAAUACUGCCAUUCAAGGGAAGGAAGACCAGUGUUCGUCAUCCACAAACUUUACUGGUAUUCUCUUCACCCGCUUCUCCCAAACUGUGUUGCAUUCUCAACUUCUGCUGCGAACUGUUCUAUUACCGAGGGGAUUGAGUCACAGCUGUCUCGAAGCGAACACGCAGGGACUGGAAUUACAUUUCGGUCUUCCCCCACCCCUCUCCCCCCGCGGUUUAAAGCUUAAACUCUGCGGCGCACUUGCGCUGAUCGAUCCCGCAGCUGGCAGUUAGCCCGAUCUGAUGGGAUUGGCUUCCAACUGGGGAGGGAGCUUUCCAGGGAAGCCUACGCGAUGAGACAGGCCUGAUCUGGCCUGAGGGGAGGGCACUGCUGGCGCCUAUGAUCUCUUGACUCCUUUGGAGGAUUCAUACAUUGUGAGUGUUUGCCCCUGGCUGGU